UACUAAGGGUCAUCAGAGAUGUAAAGUAUGUGAAUCAUGUCUUAUGUACAAACAUGUCAACAUUUUUAACAUUUAAGACAAAGGCACUCAGAUCUGACUACAGAAAAACAUGGACUAGGCUAGAACCUAAAAUAUCACUGAACAACCUUGCCCUUCACUCGUAACAUUCCUACAUACCUUAAAUAAUAUUUUGACUUGAAUGUCCAAUUUCUAACCAAAUACAUGAGAGCAUAUAAGAUAUUCCAACAUACUAGUAACUGAAAUGGCAGCAUAUCACAUUUUCUACCUAAUAGUAAUAUAUCAACAAUAACAUCAGUUACAACUACAACACAGAGAAACUUGUUUUGACAAAAAUUCUGACUCGUUUGAUAACACUUACUCACCCUUCUCUCAACUUUAGCGUUUAAUCGGUGAGAAACAAGCACCUGUGUCACACGUGAAAACGUUUUCAAUUCUCUAGUAAAAUAAUUUCAAAACAAUAAAAUCCCAAGUGUAAACACUUCUCCGCGUUUGUUACAAGAAAAUCAAUUAUCCUUUCCCCAUGGUCACUAUUGUUAGGAUGGUCUUCAUUUCCGCAACAUGGUUAGAGAAAUGACGCAAACAGCAGCAGAUCUCGCAUGACACUCCUGACAAAGUGCCACUUACAAAUGACACUCCUCGACUUCACGAGCUACACGCGGCUCCGAACCACUCACCUUCUUCGGCAAGCCUUCUUUGCCUAGUCUACCUUUGGCUACUUCAUUGAGUCAAAACAGCUCUACCAAUUGACAUUACAAGCUGCUGACAUUUUAGUGACGUAAAUAACUUAUUUAAAGCCACAUUUAAAAGAAAUCCAUCUGUCGUCCGCACGUCUUUAAACACAGCAGCCUGUUGCUUACCCUUUGACACGAGGAUCUAAUUUGAAGGAUAGUUUCGAAGACUUUUAUCUUGUUCAGACACUGAAAUAAAUAUUAAAUAACUUUAAAUGUAAGAAUUUAAUUUUUUUUACAUUUUACUUGCUUCAAUCAUUUCGUUUCAAACAUUUAUUUUAAUAUAAUGCAUUAUUCGUAACUACGGCGACAUCUAUCGACAAGAUAAUUUACCGGCAGGACAUGUGCACUGAUACGUUCAUCGACAGCAAUCGUUGCGUGGACUUCCAAAUUUGACGUGUAGCACACGAGGACUAAGAAAUGCCGUAUUUGAGUAUGGCUGAUUAAGCUUGCUGUAAAUUAAGGUCCUUACGAAUACAACUUAGUAGGUGUGAUCCUGGUAGGAUACCUAACCGGACAUUUAGGAGUUGUGUAACUCGUGAUGUAAGUAAUACGUUCACGGCAACCACGACAUCGUUCUUCAUAGCUGCUGUUACAGACUGACUACGCCAUACUUUUAACUCGUUCCAGUUCCUUCAUUGACGUAUUUUUUAGAAGAGUUAAGAAGACAAUGUCAAGAUUUAACGACAUUAUCGCUGUACUUCGGGGACUAGAGAGCGUCACCAGGGCCCUGGCGCUACGACAAGAGGCCCAGUUUAGAGUUUUCUGGAGUAACUCUUCUCUCAGGAAAACUGGUCAGGGGGUCAAUGACCAGCUUGGUGCAGUGGUCACCAAUGCUGCUGACCAACAGGCUGUUUUUCAGAAGAAUAUUCAAGAAACUUUGGAAGGAAUUAAAGAUACAGCUUCUAUAAUAGGGUCAAAAUUAGGAAAGAAAGAAGAAAAAUGUAAUGAUGAUUUUGAGGCAUUUUCAGAAAACAUUGGUUCACUGACUGAUGAAAGUGUGAUAUCAGAACUCUUGGAUAAAACACCCAAAUUUGCAGACGAUUAUGUAGCUUUCACGGGAUUGGACCAGAAAAGUAGCCAUAGCCAAUCAGAUGCUGCAUUUCAUUAUGAUUCCACAGUACCAAAAUUUACAGCUGAGAGUCUAACAAAAAUGGAAAAGGAACAUUUACACCAACAGAAGGAAAAGCAUUCAACAGUUGUUGAGGAAGCAAAUCAAAAUCUUUCAUCUGUGGAGGAAUCAAAGGCACCUGUUUCAUCUUCAUCAUCAAAACCAACCAAAUCAUCGAAUUCGUUGGAAAAACUUUCACAAUCGAAGUCGGAAAAAGCAAAUAAAACUGCUAACGUGUCACCAGAACCUUUCGCUUCCCAACAAUCAACUGCCAUUGCAUUUGAAAAUGUUUUAAAAGAAACCAAAAGCUCUAAGAAGAGUUCAAAAUACCAACAGAAGUUAAGUGAGCGAGCUAAAGAGAGGAAAGUGCCUUCGUCCCGUGUGGGAAGAGUAAUGAACUAUGGAGGUCUUGCAGCAGGACUAGGCAUGGGGGCACUAGCAGAAGUUACAAAAAGAUUUGUCGCUGGAAAGGAUGAUAAAAAGAAACUCGAGGCAUCUGCAAUACUUGACUCCACGUCCAAUCCUUUCUUGAGUGAGGCGAACGCUGAGCGGAUUGUGAACAAACUGUGCCAGGUGAGAGGGGCCGCGCUGAAGCUGGGACAGAUGCUUAGUAUACUGGAUAACACCAUGAUAAACCCAGAACUGGCCAAGAUAUUUGAUAGAGUGAGACAGAGUGCCGAUUUCAUGCCAGCUUGGCAGAUGGAGAAAGUGAUGAAGAAGGAGCUAGGCAGUGAUUGGAGGGACAAGUUGGCCGAGUUUGACCCCAAACCAUUUGCUGCUGCAUCUAUAGGUCAAGUACACAGAGGGAGGCUUCAUGAUGGAAGAGAAGUGGCCAUUAAGAUACAGUACCCAGGAGUUGGUAAAAGCAUUAACAGUGACAUUGACAACUUGAUGUUUGUCUUAAACUUUUGGAAGAUUCUACCGAAAGGACUGUAUGUGGAAGAGUUUGUGCAGCAAGCCAGGAUAGAGUUAGCCUGGGAAGUAGACUACUACAGGGAAGCCAAGUAUGCUAAGAUAUUCAGGGAUGACUUACUGAAUGAUGAGGUGUUUUACGUGCCUGAAGUGAUCCCAGAGCUGAGUUCUAAGGAAGUAAUCACCUCAGAACUGAUUGAUGGAGUACCUCUAGAUCAGGCUGUAGACAUGGACCAAGACACUAGGAAUCAUAUUUGCAAGAACAUCCUGAGGCUUUGCCUUCACGAGCUGUAUGAGUUAAGACUUAUGCAACCAGAUCCUAACUGGUCCAACUUCUUCUUCAACCCUACCACUGGAAAGAUAUACUUGCUAGACUUUGGUGCCACCAGGAAAUAUGACACAGAGUUUGUGGACAGUUACAUCAGGAUCAUUAAGGCUGCCGGGGAGGGGGACAGAGAGGGCGUGUUAGAGUGGUCCAAGAAAAUAGGCUUCCUCACUGGUUAUGAGUCAAAGGUUAUGGAAGAUGCCCACACAGAUACAGUCCUCAUUCUUGGCGAAGCCUUCAACUCCGCGGAACCCUUUGACUUUGCCACGCAGAGCACUACGCACCGCGUUAGGAACAUCCUGCCUGUCAUGCUGGACCAUCGCCUCUCGCCGCCACCAGAGCAGACGUACUCCUUGCAUCGCAAAAUGUCUGGCGCAUUCCUGCUUUGUACUAAACUGAGGGCUAAAAUUCAAUGCAAGGAGAUGUUUGACAAAAUCUGGGACAACUAUAAAUUUGAGGAAUAUGAGAAAGAUGCAUUUGGUGCUUAGUUUGGGAGACACUUAUUGUUUUAUCUGACUUCAAAUAAGGGAAGAGGGAUCCUACAUAUGUCAGUUUUAUGUGCUGUUGGAUAUUCCAAAAUGUUUUUCCUUAAUUAUAUUGAAGUGGUUUAUCACAAUAGAAAGUUUGAUUAUUGGCGUUCUUGUUGUUGUGAAUUAUUAUCUGGAAUAUUCACUUGUUUGGGGAAUUUAUUUCAAUGUGUCAAGCAAUUAAGGGACAGAUUAUUUACAAGUUUGUCCAAAACAUAUUGAAGAUAUUAAUAUUAAUAAACUUUUGGUUUAGAAAGCAAAAUCCUUGUCCUUUGACCAGUCUAAAAUUAUUUAUUAAUUAUUUGAGAGAAUAUGAAUAAAGCAAUGAA